AUGAGCCAGAACACGCACUCACUUGCGAAGGAUUCCUGCGUAUCUUCGGAGUUCAGUUUGAGUGGUGAUUAUAUUUUGGGCGGACUUUUUCCAGUGCACAGCGCAAUAAAUAAUGGCACGUUUGACUUUCCUGUGGCCCUGGAAUGUGACAGAUUGCCAUUCUCAGCACCGGGUUAUCAGAAGUUACAAGUGAUGAGGUUUGCUGUAGAGGAAAUUAACAACUCAAGCUCCAUCUUACCUGGUGUGUCUCUUGGCUAUCAGAUCUUUGACCAUUGCUCAGAAGUGAGGAAUUUCCCGUCAGUCUUUGAUUUCCUCUCCAGAAAUGGGUCUGUUGAAAUUCAUGUGAACUUGAAAGAUUAUGAGCCUAAAGUUGUGUCUGUGCUUGGCCCCUAUGGAAGCAGUGAAACUAUUACCAUUGCGCCAUUUUUCAUGAUGGACCUUCUUCCGAUGGUCAAUUAUGGAUCGUCAAGCUCCAGUCUAAGUAAUAAAAAGUCAUUUCCAUCGUUUCUACGAACGGUGACCAGUAACAGAGGUCAAGUACAGCUGAUAAUUCGCAUUUUACAGAGGUACAAAUGGAACUGGGUUGCAUUCAUAGGCUGCGACAAUGACUAUAGUCAAGAUGCACUUCAACUCUUCGUUGAUGGUAUUAGGGAGACCAAAAUCUACUUGGCUUACCAGGAGGACCUCACUGGAAAUUCUAAACACAACGUCAUACUUCAGAAAAUAAAGAUGCUUCGUAUAAAUGUUAUAAUCAUCUACACUCAGGAUAAAUGUGCAGUUUCAUUAAUUAAAUCAGCCAUAGAGAACAAUAUACAUGACAAGGUGUGGAUUGCAAGUGAUGCCUGGUCUUUGAGUAAAAAAAUCCUCUCUCAAAAAGGACUCCACACCAUCGGUACUAUUAUUGGAAUAGCAGAAAGGCUUGUGAAUUUACCGGGGUUUUCAGAAUUUGUCCAAAAAUCUCAACGUCAAAGUAAAUGCCUUGAAUGCAGAAACAGAAAACAGGACUUUAGGGCAGCCUGCAAUCAAGCUUGUUAUGACUGUUCUUACAUAAAUGCAAGCAAAAUAAUUCAUGAAAGUCCAACUUUUAACUUUGCCAUUUACUCUGCGGUUUAUGUUGUCGCAAAAGCCUUACACACCAUAUUACAGUGUGAUACAAAUGGAUGCAACGAGACUGAAAGAGUCUUCCCUUUUAAGCUCCUCAAAGAAAUAAAGAAGUCAGACUUCAAACUUCUGGACCAACACAUAAAGUUUGAUGAAAAUGGAGACCCUCCUUCAAGAUACGACAUAGUGUUCUGGGCCCUGGGCACUUCUUGCCCUGUUCAGGAUGUAGCAUCCGAUGACACAGAGCUGGACCUGGGGUCCUGCCACUUUCAGACUGUGGGAUCGUAUGACACGCAGCCGGACAUACGUUUCAUUAUUAACGAAACUCUCAUUCAGUGGUACACCAAUGGAACAAUUCCUGUGUCACAGUGCUCUGAAGACUGUAAAAUGGGCUCUGUUAGGAGACCAUAUAGAAAGUAUGAAGGGUGCUUUGAGUGUGAUGUCUGUCCAAAUGACACCUAUAUUAAUCAUUCAGCUGAUCCCUACAGUUGCAUCCCGUGUAAGAAGAACGAAUGGUCUGACCCAGGGAGCACUUCCUGUAAAGAGCGUGUUGUGGUGUAUAUUCGCAUCACAGAGCCCUUGUCAAUCCUGCUCUUGCUCUCGGUCAGCUUCAUGCUCUUUCUUACAGCAGCCAUCACCAUCCUCUUCGCUCGUAACUACAACACCCCGGUUGUGAGGUCUGCCGGGGGGAAAAUGUGCUUCCUCAUGCUGGGCUGUUUGUGUGGUUCGGGUCUCAGUGUGUUCUUCAGCUUUGGCGUCCCGAAUCAAAUCAAAUGUGUGUUCAGAAGUUCAUUUUUCCCGAUAUUUUAUACUGUGUGUCUGUCUUGUCUCACUGUACGAUCCUUCCAGAUUGUCUGCGUCUUCAAAAUGGCUGCCAAGUUACCCAGAGCAUAUGACUGCUGGGUCAAGUACAAUGGACAGUGGCUAUUCAUAGCAGUGGCCUCGACUGUUCAGUUAAUCCUUUGUGGACUCAGUUUUCCUAGACCCUUGAAUGACACAGUGAGCUUCAAAGACCAAAUCAUUCUGAUCUGCAACACAAGAGAUGUGAUCUUAUCAGGCAUCAUUGUGUUAUAUGCAGGAUUUCUUGGUGCUUUGUGCUUCAUCUUCUCAUACAUGGGAACAGACCUCCCCAAAAACUACAACGAGGCCAAAUCUAUUACAUUUAGUGUGCUGCUGUUUUUUAUUUCUUGGAUUUCCUAUUUGACUUUAUACUCAAUUCACGCAAACAGACACCUGUCCAAAAUGGAAGCAUUGUCAAUGCUGACCAGUUCAUAUGGCAUUCUCUUGAGUUAUUUUGUCCCAAAAUCAUACAUAAUUCUUUUCAAGCCUGUGAAAAACACGCAAGCACACUUUCAAUCUUGUAUUCAGGACUAUACCCAAAAGAUCAGCAGGAUGUAG